AUGGAUUAAUAUAAAAUAGUGAAGAGAUUGGGAGAUGGAACUUAUGGGUGUGUCUACAAAGCAACAAAUAUCAAUACAGGUCAGACAGUUGCUAUUAAAAAGUUCAAAAAAAAAUAUACGUCUUGGGAUGAAUGUGUAAACCUUCGAGAAGUAAAAGCAUUAUAAAAAUUGAAACAUCCUAAUAUCAUUAAACUAGUUGAAGUAUUUAAGGAGAAAGAUGAGUUGAAUUUGGUUUUCGAAUACUUAGAUAAGGAUAUUUAUCAACAAUAUUUAGAAAAUCAAAAUAAUGGCAAACAUUUAUCAGAAGAUAAGAUUAGGUCUGUAAUAAAAUAAGUAACUGAAGGUUUGGCCUAUAUGCAUAAAGUAGGAUAUUUUCAUAGGUAAUUAAUACAAGUAUUGUAGAGAUUUAAAACCAGAAAAUCUAUUAGUAUCAGGUGAAACAGUUAAAAUUUGUGAUUUUGGAUUAGCAAGAGAAAUAAGAUCUAAACCACCAUAUACUGAUUAUGUUGCUACAAGGUGAUUUAUAUUUAAAUUUUUUAGAUGGUACAGGGCACCAGAAAUAUUACUAAAAUCUCCAAAUUAUAAUUCUCCAGUUGAUAUAUUUGCACUUGGAUGUAUAAUGGCUGAAUUGUAUACCCUCAAACCUUUAUUUAAUGGCAGUUCAGAAUUGGAUUAGCUUUUUAAACUUUGUUAGACUUUAGGCACACCAAAUAUUCGAGAUGUAUACUAUUUAACAUGGUUAUUUAUAGUGGCCUGAAUCAUAAAAAUUAGCUAAUGCAGCCAACAUCACAUUCCCUACAUAUAGUCCUGUAUAGUUAGAAAAAGUCAUCCCAAAUGCGUCACCUGAAGCGCUUGAGUUGAUAAGAGACAUGUUAAAGUAUGAUCCAUAGAAAAGACCUUCUGCUAAAUAGAUUUUAGAAUAUCCUUAUUUUACUAAUCAUUGUUUCCCUAUGAUCCAAUAAAUCGAGAAUAAAUAGGAAUUUCCUAAAAUUGAUAGAAUAGAAAGACAUGAAAAACAUGAAGAUAUAUUUGAAUUACCUAAAGUGAAUAACAAAGAAAAUAGAAACAAAAUGAAUGAAUCUAAUUCAAACUUUUUAGACCUCUUGGAAUAAAAGAUGGCUGAAUAUGAUAGACCAGUAAAAAAAGAACUCUCAAUACAUAAGAGUAGUGUGAAAGAAUCUAAAGAAUUUUAACCAUACAAAGACUAUAGGGAAUCGAAUUUACCUAUGAUCCAAAAUAAUUUACCGAAAGAUUACUUAAUUUCAAAAGACCAUAAUUAGAAUGAUUCCUUAGACCCUAGAAUUGAUUCUAGAAAUAAAAAGGGUUAGGCAGGAUUAAAAUUCUUAAGGCACAAUGAUCCAAUUGGUGAACAACUAAGAAAUUAAUAAUAAUUGAGUAUACAGCAAUCAAGAUCCUAUGAACCAACCAAGAGAAAUAUUUAUGAUUUUAAUCUCUUACAAAUGCCUAUUGCUAAACCUGCAUUUCAACCUAAAUUAGAAAUGCCAAAAUAGAAUAAAAAUUAGAUGCUUGGAUAAAAUUAUCCCAAAUCGUUGCCAAUUGCUCCAAAUAUGGGAUAUAAGUAUCAACAACAAUAAUAAUAAUAACAAUAUAAAUUUGAUGAUAUCUUAUAUGGUAAGCCUCCUCUUAAAUAGUAUUAUUGA